GCUCCAACUUCCAGGCAAAGGUACUUGUCACUUUGUCCCACCCAAAAUCUGAGAAAGCAUCCGUUGUUCUGCUGAACCUGAGCGGCGGUCGGAUAGUACAAGAAGCCAGGAAAGAGUUUAUUUGAAACAUUUCUCAUCUGGCUGGACCUGAGGAGGCAGCAUAGGGGGCGAGAGGGAAAAAAAGAGUUUGAUUUCUUUCAAACUAUGGAACAAAUCUGUGGAGUUUAGUCAUUAGACGGCUACAACAAGAGUGUCCACAUGCGUCAGCAUCAUUUCCAGUUUCCCCCGAAGAGGAAUUUUGCACAUCAUUGUGAUAAAAGGGAUGAAUGAGAGCCGAUCUGCUCUCCUCAGAAGGUGCCACCUUGUCCUGUCCAAGGCCGACACUCUCGGCUCUGUCCCUGCCAGAGCUGCCCUUUCUGAGGACUCUGGAGAUGGAGUCACAGCUCAGCCUGAGAGUGACGCAGCCUUCCCGCUGUCUGAGCUCUCACACCUGUUUGAGAGUGAAGAUGGCUCCCCGUCAACUCAGGACACAAGCCAGGACUCAGUCCUGGAGCUGGCCCAGCCCGGCCAGCCGGUGGACAGCAGACAGAACCUGCGGAUGAAGUUCCAGGGUGCUUUCAAGAAGGGCAUUUCGAACCCAAUGGACCUACUUGAAUCAACCAUAUAUGAGUCCAAUGUGGUUCCAGGCCCCAAGAAAGCACCCAUGGACUCACUCUUUGACUACGGUACCUACAGGAACACCAGCAACCAGAAGAGACGCAGGAAGAAGCUCCCAAGAGGGAAAACUGAGGCUUCUUGUGAUGAUAGUCAAAGCUCUGACCCCCCAAAAGUCAUGAAAAUAUUCAACCGCUCUCUACUCUUUGAAUGUGUGUCACGUGGAGACCCCGAGGCCCUCGAGGGUCUGUUGGAGUAUCUGCAAAGUAAUGAAAAGAGGUUAACCGAUGAGGAGUUCAGAGAGCCAUUGACGGGAAAGACAUGUCUGCCUAAAGCUCUGUUGAAUCUUUACGGUGGUCAGAACGGCACCAUCCCUCUGCUGGUGGACAUCGCAGAGAAGACCGGGAAUCUCAGAGAGUUCAUAAAUACACCCUUCAGGGAUGUCUACUACAGAGGCCAGACGGCGCUGCACAUCGCCAUCGAACGGCGCUCUAAGCAUUAUGUGGAGCUGCUGGUGGAGCAGGGAGCCGACGUUCACGCCCAGGCCAGGGGACGCUUCUUCCAGCCCAGAGACGAGGGAGGCUACUUCUACUUUGGUGAGCUGCCUCUCUCACUGGCUGCUUGCACUAACCAGCCCGACAUAGUGCACUACCUGACUGAGAAUCCACACAAGAAGGCCGACCUGCGGCGCCAGGAUUCACGUGGAAACACUGUGCUUCACGCCUUAGUGCGCAUUGCAGACAACACCAAGGACAACACACGUUUCCUCACCAAGAUGUACGACCUGCUGCUAAUCAAGACUGCCAAGCUCUACCCGGACUGCAGCCUGGAGACGAUCCUCAACAACGACGGCAUGUCACCUCUCAUGAUGGCCGCCAAACUGGGCAAGAUAGGGGUCUUUCAGCACAUUAUCCGACGUGAGAUCAAAGACGAGGAAGUUCGUCAUCUGUCACGUAAGUUUAAGGACUGGGCUUAUGGUCCGGUGUACUCCUCUCUGUAUGAUCUGUCUUCACUGGACACGUGUGGAGAGGAACCAUCUGUGCUGGAAAUCCUCGUCUACAACAGCCGCAACGAGAAUCGCCACGAGAUGUUGGCAGUGGAGCCCAUCAAUGAGCUGCUGAGGGCCAAAUGGCAGAAGUUUGCUGCUGUCACGUUUUACAUCAGCGUGGUUUCCUACCUCAUCACCAUGAUCAUCUUCACGCUCGUGGCUUAUUACCACCCAACACAGGGAACGCCUCCAUAUCCCUACACCACGUCCUCUGAUUACUUGCGGAUGGCAGGAGAGAUUGUCACGUUGGCAUCAGGAAUCUUCUUCUUUCUCACAAAUAUUAAGGACGUCUUUCUGAAAAAGUGCCCCGGAGUGAAGUCUUUAUUUAUUGAUGGAUCCUUUCAACUACUGUAUUUCAUCUACUCUGUGCUGAUUGUCGUCACAGCUGCUCUCUACCUGUCUGGCAUUAAGGCCUAUGUAUCUGUGAUGGUGUUUGCACUUGUCCUGGGCUGGAUGAACACGCUUUACUUCACCCGAGGCCUGAAGCUCACUGGCACCUAUAGUAUCAUGAUACAGAAGAUUCUCUUCAAAGAUCUUUUCAGGUUUCUGCUGGUGUAUGUGCUCUUCAUGAUUGGAUAUGCAUCAGCUCUGGUGUCUCUGCUGACAGUGUGUCCUCCUCCGGGCACACAGUGUGACGGGGAAUGUCCCACCUACCCCAACUGCAGGGACCCAGACACCUUUAGUACCUUUCUACUGGACCUUUUCAAGCUGACCAUUGGGAUGGGAGAACUGGACAUGAUCCACAGCGCGCAGUAUCCAGCGGUCUUUCUGGUCCUCUUAGUCACGUACAUCAUUCUCACCUUCGUGCUGCUGCUCAACAUGUUGAUCGCUUUGAUGGGAGAGACGGUGGGACAGGUGUCCAAAGAGAGCAAGAAGAUCUGGAAGCUUCAGUGGGCAACGACCAUCUUAGACAUUGAGCGCUCAUUCCCAGUCUGCCUUCGAAAGUCUUUUCGAGCUGGUGAGAUGGUGACCGUGGGGAAGAACUGGGAUGGCACACCAGACCGACGCUGGUGCUUCAGGGUGGAUGAGGUCAACUGGUGUCACUGGAAUCAGAACCUGGCAAUAAUUAAUGAGGAUCCAGGAAAGAGUGAGACCAACCAAGUCAACGGGUUGCAGCAGAGCGUCAGAGCCUUGAGGAGAGAUCGCUGGUCCACAGUGGUCCCGCGAGUGGUGGAGUUAAGUAAGGGUUCUCGGCCUCAGGAUCUGAUGAUAGAGAUGGAGCCGCUGACGUCCAGGCACUGACAAAUGGAAAGGACUAGUGCUGUCCUUCUUGCAGGGAGACAACAGAAAGCCAUCAGCAUCAAUGAGAUCACACUGCAGGGGACAAUUUGGCCAAUAAGUGUGCUAAUUUGCACACGUCUCAUGCGCCUUUUGUUCAGAGGAAGUGUCAGGAAUAUUACAGCAGCGCUCUCAGUGUAACAGGACAGAGGAGUGAGCAGGAAGAGACACUGGAUGUUUGAUUUCUUGAACGCUUAGUGAUAUGAAAACACUAAACGUGGAUCAACUACACACCCUGAGAUAACAAAAGGAGAUAAAGCUGCAUUAAUUACACUGUAAGCUGUAAUUUGUUUUUACUUGUCACAAAAGAAUAGAAAACCUGUUAUGAAAAUGUACUGUAUCUCUGCAUUUCACACAAUAGUAGCAGUGCACUCAGGGAUUAAAUAGAGUCCAAAUAUUUCAGCAUUUCCAGUGUAAAUAUAUUAGAAAACUGAAUCAUGGCUUUUAUAAUAGCUGGCAGGAGCAUAAUUACUAUUAUAUUGCAUUAGCAAUGUAGACAAAAACUUUGAUAAAAAUCUACAGGUAUAUUCACAAUGGGAGGUAUUUCUUCAGUAAUAUAUUCCAAUAAAUAUUUAUAGACUAGAGGCUUUUAUUUGCUUGCGUUACAUUUUAUGAGCUCCCUAUAUGAUGUGUCUACAUGCUGAUUCAAAUGUUUAUUUUCCAGGCAGCAGGGCUUCAGUGUAUAGAAACAGAAUAUAUCUUUUUUUUUUUAAUGCUGUAUAUUUUCUUCAUAUUUUCUGUUGUAUUAAUUAAAUUGUUUCAAAACUUUGAAAGUCUCAGGCUUGGACUGCCGGCUCAGGCAGCACAGCUUUCAUUUGAACUGAAACAAUGCACUAUGCCAAUUUCUGAUGUGUGCAUUAUUAUAUGAAUACAAAGACGUUAUUCUGAACAAGAUGAGCAUGAUGAGCAGGUUAUAGUUGUCAAGCAAAUAUGCAAAUGCAAGACAAUAGCCUUCCGUGUUAUGGUUUGUCUUUGAAUUUCCAGAGUUAUUGUUCCUUUGCAGCUGGGGUAUUUGCAUAAUCAACUCUCAGUCCUUGCCAUUAUGUACUUCCCCCUAUUUGCUGCAGUGUUUUCAUUGCAAUUGGCUCUUUGCCCUAUACAGCAGGGUUUUUUUUUUUUUGCGCAUCUACGGCAUGUAGGCAUGUAUUUGUGUUAUUGUACUACAUGACAGAAUUUGAUUACAAGCGGAUAAGGCCAAACAAUUCAUUUUCUCUCGCUCAAUCCUGUUGAAGGUUACAGGUCAUUGUUCGCCAGGUUUACAUUUAUGAGACCAUGACCAUGAAUUUUUAUAAUGUCUUCUACAUUGUUGCACAGAACAACAAACGCUGUCUCCUUUUUAUAAACCAUACAGCUGUAUUUCUUUCAAUUCCUGAUUCUACAUGAGAUCUACUUUUGUUGUUGUUGAUAAUGACGAUGCUUUUCAGU